UCUGAAGUCCAUCGGUGUAAACAGCCACCUGCCCUGCAACUCCAACAACUCUUCACUUUCCCCGCAGUCACAACUACGUUAUCUGCAGGCUCUUGUCUUCAGAAUAAAGACUCCUUGCCCAGAACUCCCUACACAAGCUCCCGAUGUCGGCAUAGGAGCUUCAUACAACGCUUGCUAGCACAAGAUCUCGCAGCUGAACCGCGGCGGAUUCAAGAGCUGAAAGGGGCCCAGUGAAAGGUUGGCCGUCGAGACUCUUACUUAAGCUGUCGCAUAACUAUACGAAAUUAGGUUACCGGCCACAACCGAUAACCCAGUCUCCUCGAUCUAUUCUGCCCUCAAAUUGCUACUCAAAGAGCGUACAAGCCCUCUAAACUCACUGAGAACCAUUGGACCUGUGCCGAACAUUUCAAGACAUUAGAACCGAAAGAAUUAUUGACCCCACCAGGUCAGCGAAACCGAUCCAGAACUUGGACAGCGUAUCAUUUCCGGUAUAACAGCCAGGAUGAAAGGAUUCAGGCAGAGAGUUCUCUCGCGUUCGAAAGACCCGAACAAGUCCUCCAAGAAAAAUAAAGAUCCGAAGGAUGGCACAUCAUCUCCAUCGGCCUCUGGGUCGUCAAGAGAGGCUGGUCAAUCGCCAAGCGUUACCCCUUCUGCCUCGACGACGUCACUGAACGACCCACGAAACAAGCCACUACCAGCGGGUGAUUCAGGGACUCCUGUUAGCGGACAUACAGCUUCGCCGUCACUAGCGCCCGCCAACACGCUGAAUGGCGGACAACAUGGGGUUCUUCCAGCUGCGGACCGAUUUAACACGCUUGGUUCAAAUUCUCCGAGUGGUGCAGCUCCCGGUACACCAAACAGGCAUCCAAUACUACCACCUAGCGUGAUUAUCAGCCCUAGUGCGCCGCAUGUCCCGCCCCCAGGAUCAGCAGAGACAAUGCCUCACGAUUUGGCACCCCCGAAGGCGGGCUCAAAAAACCUCGUGUUCGACAGGUUGCAAGCGACGCCUAAGGAUGUACCAGAAGGUAUCAGAACGCCCAAGCGACAGCAUUCAUCGCGCUUUGACAUAUCUCCUCUUAGAGAGUUAGAGAAGCUUCCUGGUUUCCAUGAAGUGCCUCCAAACAGGCGACAAGAGCUGUUCAUGCAGAAAAUUGACCAAUGUAAUGUCAUUUUCGACUUCAACGAUGCGACAGGCGACAUCAAAUCGAAGGAGAUCAAACGCGUGGCCCUCCAUGAGCUUCUGGAUUACGUUGCAAACAACCGUCAGGUCAUUACGGAUGCUAUGUAUCCGCGUGUCGUGGAUAUGUUCAACAAGAACCUCUUCCGGCCACUACCUCCGCCUAUGAACCCCCAAGGCGAGGCCUUUGACCCCGAGGAAGACGAGCCUGUGUUGGAAGUUGCUUGGCCACAUAUCCAAGUUGUCUAUGAGUUCUUUUUACGAUUCAUCGAGAGCCAAGACUUUAACACCAACAUUGCGAAGGUAUACAUCGACCAUAGCUUUGUACUCCAACUGCUUGAGCUAUUUGACUCUGAAGACCCAAGGGAACGCGAUUUCCUCAAGACGACUCUCCAUAGGAUAUAUGGAAAAUUCCUCAAUCUCCGCUCCUAUAUCAGAAGAUCUAUCAACAACGUGUUUUUCCAGUUCGUUUAUGAAACCGAACGAUUCAAUGGAAUCGCCGAGCUGCUGGAAAUCCUCGGGUCAAUCAUCAACGGAUUUGCCCUACCCCUGAAAGAGGAGCACAAGCUCUUCUUGACCAGGGUCCUUCUACCGAUGCACAAAGUCAAGAGUCUCAGCAUGUAUCAUCCCCAACUUGCGUACUGCAUAGUACAGUUCCUUGAAAAGGAUGCUGCACUAACAGAAGAGGUUGUUUUGGGCCUAUUGAGAUACUGGCCGAAGGUUAACAGCACAAAAGAAGUCAUGUUCUUGAAUGAGGUAGAGGACAUAUUCGAGGUUAUGGAUCCUGCCGAAUUUGCAAAGGUCCAAGAACCUUUGUUCCAUCAGCUUGCGAAGUCAGUGGCCAGCCCCCACUUUCAAGUUGCGGAGAGAGCACUAUAUUUCUGGAACAACGAAUACUUCUGCAACCUUGUCAGCGACAACGUCGAGGUAAUUUUGCCAAUUAUGUUCGCCCCUCUUUAUGAGAACUCCAAGGGCCAUUGGAAUAGGACAAUCCAUGGCAUGGUUUAUAACGCCAUGAAGCUAUUUAUGGAGAUCAACCCUCAGUUAUUCGACGACUGCUCCCACGAGUAUACAGAGCACCAAAACACUGCGGACGCACGUAUGCAAGCUAGAGAGGACAAAUGGAAAGCUCUCGCGGAACAAGCUAAGCAUGGGAAGGCGAACGGGGUGGCCACGCUCGGCGCCGUUCCCUCACAUGAGAUGGACCCGAUGACGGAAGACAACCAAAAGCGCCUGGACUCACUGCAGUUACAAGAUGGUGACCGGAGGGAGAGGAGACCUAGCCUCCACGAUCGUCAAAACUCGGUAGGCAGCUCCAGGAGCCAGCGAUGAUCUAUCCACUCUGGUGUAUGCCGCUCACUUGUGGCUGAUGCAUAUGCCAGAUUCUUGUGACUUGAAAAAUUCCUGUUUCGAUAGAUUUUGUUGGGAUUAUAUCCUUUUUGGUUGUCCGCUACCUAGCAAGACGCUUUUUCAUGAUGGGAGUUCGGACAGCGAUGGUUCCUUCAGCACGAAACUCGGCGCCUCUCGAGUCUAAAGUUUGGGAAACGAUAAUUCUGAGAACGCUGGGACUAUUGGAGCUGCCGCAAAAACGCUCCUCAGCGUUGCUAUGAUGAGAGAUGCAAAGGCGUCGACGACGUUAACGAUCUGUUCUUUUUUUGAUUGAUUGAUGAUGAGGGAGGGAUUGGUGGUUCUAUUCGGCCUUGCUCCGAGCGGUGAGCACAGUAGGGAUUUAUGGUAGAUAGGGACUUAUGAUGCGGGCUUCUGAUCCGUACCUACCUUUUACAUGAUUCAUGAUCAGGCAUAGUGUUCGAAGCGUUUUCGCCGCGAGGCUGUUGAGUAGCAAAUUUCAUCAUAGAGCUUUCCAUUGUGUUGAAUACUUGGUGAAGUACUAUAGGAUUCUUCAACCCUACCUACUGUUGGCAACAUAAUAGAGCUACGAAUUGCCCAACAAUGCACCA